AUGUCGAAAAUCUCAAAUAGAGACUACGCAGCCCUUAAUCUCUCCGAAGAUAACUACUUACAGUGGGCGCUAGAUACAAAGAUCAGCUUAAGGUCAAAAGGUCUUGGUGAUACAAUCAUCAAGGACAACAAUGAGACUGACAAGAAUCGGUACAGGGCUAUAACUAGAAAUGACUGGAAGAAUCUAAGAUUCAUGGAAUAUAAGUCAGUGGAUGAGUACAAUUCGGUCUUGUUCAAGACGUUCUCCAUGCUGAGACUCUGUGGUGAAGUAGUAACCGAAGAAGAGUUACUCGAGAAAACAUUCUCUACGUUUCAUUCCUCAAACAUAAUCCUGCAGCAGCAAUACCGAAUGAAAGGCUUUGCCACAUACACUGAUCUGAUCUCGUGCCUGCUCCUGGCCGAGGCAAAUAAUGAGCUCCUAACGAAGAACAGUGAAGCUAGACCUGUCGGAUCUGCCCCAUUACCAGAGGCCAAUGAAGUUGAAAAGAAAAAUCCCAACGAGUGCAAUUUCAUCCAGAAUGAUAAGAGAUCACAUGGCAAAGGUCGUGGUGGAUACAGGAACCGUGACAAUUACUCGAACGGUCGAGAUAAGUACUUGGCCGGCCGGAAAGGAAACCACAAUAACCGUGGUCGUGGUUCCAAUCCCGGCCGUGGCCGAGGCGGUUAUGGACGAGGUCGAGGCGGUAUAUCCAACCCGUCUUACUCAACCAAAUCCGUUUGUCAUAGAUGUGGGAUGAGCAACCAUUGGGCCAAGAACUGUAGGACUCCUAAGCACUUAUGUGAGCUCUACCAAGAGAGUCCUAAAGACAAGAACCCGGAGGCUCAUAUGGUCCAUGAUUCCGGUUAUGAGGCUGAUAAAGAAUCCGAUGUUGCAAAUGACGACCUUAUUGAUUUUGAGACUUCUGAUUACAAUGCUGGUGAGUUUACGUCCCAGACGUUUAAUGACUAUUGUAUGUCCAUGGGGCUCCCGGUAUCAGCGUGGGGACAUGCCGUAUUACAUGCAGCAGAACUGAUUCGCAUCAGGCCAUGA